AUGGAGGCAAUUUGGCAUUUCCUGGGCUGUGCAUCGAUAGAGAAAGCGGACCGCGCAGUCAAGGAUGCUUCAGACAUGCAGCUCAGUGCCUUUGAGUUUCGGCAUUACCGAACGGGCUUGGAGCAAAACCAGCACAAACUGGUGGAGAGAGUCGUGAAUCAGUGGGUUGCGAUGCUGGUCAAGGGUGUGGUGAUCACGGUCGCUGUUUCUGAUGUUGAUGCGGAGGAGGCUAGAGAGACUGAGGGAGAAAAGACCGUUUUUCUCGACAAAGACUUGCUCAACAUGGAAAUCAGUGGUGAGCUAUACCCCUUGGAUGCCUUGUGCCGCAUGGAGAUGAAGACGAAGAUGAUGAAAGAGUUUGCUCCGUGGAUGCUAGAUCUCACCUUCGAUUUUGAAGAGGGAAAGACUGCGCUAUCUUUCAGCUUCGAGCAAGAGCGUCACCGGCUUCAGUUUGCUCUUAUGCUGCGCAUAUUGCGUGCACGCAGUCCUCACUUGAAGACUCUUGAUGACACGUUCGAGGUUCUGAACCAUGACCAUGACGAUGACGAAGAUCCGGCAGUCUCGAAUUUCAAUAAGCUGGUCGGUUCCACUCGAUUUGAUGUUCAAGGAACCGGCAUAACAAUUAUCAUUAGCGUGGACACCUUGCACAUCCACCAGCGCCUUCCGUGCAGCAACAGAUACAGCUACCUGGAGCUGUUCUCAGACUACCCGCGAAGAGACAAGUUUCUCUACGCGAAGUCCCAGCAAACCUUUGACCUUCCGAAAGAGGUUGUGCUUGGAGCUGGUGAUGCCAAGAACGCCCGAAGGGAAGACGAGCAUGACCAAUCAGACGGGCGAAAGGGCAGCAAGGCAGAUCAGAAUCUCUGCACGAUCAAACUUGGCUCUGACUUGAAGAAUGUCAAGCUGAAGAUCCCUAAAGUACCAUUCACCAUACGCGGCCGACUUAUGGCACAGGACACAUUCUUCGCCACCGUCGUGGCUGUGUUUCAGCUGGAUAUAUCGAAAGGCCACUUGCAGGACAUGCGCGAGGCAGAAGUGCCAGGAGACAAGCCGCCGAAGGUCUCAGAAGCCGAAGUGCCUUUGUUCCGGUCUCGGAAGCAUGCCGAGGAACCACAGCAGCUUGCAACUUUAAACGUGCGCUUUACUGGCUACGUCACGGAAGAAAACACGAAGAAGAAACAGACAAAUGGCGGCAACAACAGAGCAUCCAACGAAGUCGGUUCUAGCAGAGGGGAGGAGGAGGACUCGGAGGAUGAACUGGAGGAGGAGGAAGAGGAGGAAGAGGAAGAAAGCGAUGGCAGCGAUGAGGGUGAAGGCCAAGGAAACUCCAUUGAUGGUUCUGGUUCUGUUUCCAAGAGUCAGCAGUCGAGCGCCGCGACAUCCAGCACAUAA